GAGCGAUAGCUGACGAGAUUCAUAACGUUUCGAUCACAGCGAAGAGAGAACACCUACUGUCGCCUACUCGAAUUCGGUGAACGCGUUUCCUGAACGUUCGUGCGCUUUGUAGAAUACUGAUCAACAAUGGCAAAAUUUUUGGCACUUCUUUUCGUCGCGCUUGUCGCACUGGCUUUAGUGGAAGCUUGCGCACCUCCUGGUAUGAUGUGCUCAUCAGACAGCGAUUGUUGCGGUACUUUUGUCUGCAAUCCAUGGGCUGGCCGUUGCACAGGAGCGAAAUGGAACGGGCCCUAUGGCAAUGACAACGGCAACGGUAACGGAAGACCAUGGUAACUGCAAUGGCAGGGAGCCGGUGACAACAA